AUGUUGGCAACGGCAUCUCCAGUGCUGCAGUAUGUUUGCGGUACGUCGAUACGUCCAGGGAGAAGAUAUGUACACGGGCAAGCAACAGAAUAUUUGCAGUCCAACGACAUCGACUGGACAGAAUCGCAAAAGACCGUCCGAGAAUCCAUCGCCAAGAUCUGCGCAGACUAUCCGGACGAGUACUGGCACAAGCUAGACAGUAACCAUGAGUUCUCACUAGACCUUCACCAGCAGCUGGCCAAGGAUGGCUGGCUAGGUAUUUGCAUGCCAGAGGAGUAUGGUGGGUCGAGCCUAGGGAUCUCUGAAGCAGCGGUCAUGAUGCAAACUCUGUCCGAAUCUGGUGGCGGCAUGGCAGCUGCAUCUUCGGUCCAUAUGAAUAUUUUUGGCCUGGAACCUGUGGUCAAGUUUGCCACGGAGGAACAGAAGAAACGAUGGCUGGUACCUUUGAUUGCAGGAAAGGAGCGUGCUUGCUUUGGUGUCACUGAGCCAAACACUGGCUUAGAUACACUCAAACUGCAGUCGCUGGCCACGAAGACCCCGGACGGCCAAUCCUAUUCGGUGACUGGGUCAAAGAUCUGGACAUCCACGGCGCAAACGGCAGAGAAGAUCCUGCUUCUCGUCCGGACAACACCUCUCGACCAAGUGCAAAAGCCAACGCAAGGGCUCUCGUUGUUCUACACGGACUUGGAUCGAUCAAAGGUUCAGGUUACCGAGAUCGAGAAAAUGGGCCGCGCUGCAGUGGAUAGCAACAUCUUGUUCUUUGACGACUGGCAAGUUCCAAAAGAGGAUCUGAUCGGAGACGAAGGCAACGGCUUCAAGCAGAUCAUGGCCGGAAUGAAUGCUGAAAGAGUCCUCAUCGCUGCGGAGGCGUUGGGUCUGGGCUUUGCUUCGAUUCGAAGAGCAGCAAUCUAUGCUCAGGAGCGGGUUGUUUUCGGCCGUCCAAUUGGCAAGAACCAAGGAAUAGCUCAUCCUCUGGCCGAUUCGUGGAUGAAGCUCGAGGCAGCACGUCUGAUAACGUACCAAGCAGCGCGCAUGUAUGAUGAUGGGUACCAGACUGGUGAGUAUGCCAAUGCUUGCAAGUACCUGGCGGCAGAUGCAGCAUUCGAGGCUGCUGAGCGGGCAGUGCUCACACAUGGAGGCAUGGGCUAUGCCAAAGAAUACCAUGUCGAGCGUUACUUCAGAGAGGCAAUGCUCCCUAGACUGGCCCCUGUCAGCCGGGAGAUGAUUCUGAACUACAUUGGUGAACGAGUUCUCGGACUCCCAAGAUCAUAUUAG